AUGGCCACUAUACUUGAUGCUCAGCGCAAUGAAGCGUACUCUGUGCCAGCAGAGGCUCAAAAGGUAUUUCUGGACGGAAUCCUUCAGAAUUCGCUGAUGAAAGGCCUGCCUGCCGAAAUUCACGACGCCGCAGCUACCAUCAAGUUUGUUGGGUCGCAUGAUCCCAGCAUUGCGAUCAACUGGAGGUUCGCAGAGAGCAUUGCUAGCCUGAAAGCAUUUGAAGGAGCAUUACUGAGUGUUCUCUUACAACGCAAAUAUGGAGUAAAGGCACCGGAGAUUGUGAUUGAUACUGAUCAUAGUCAGCUCUUUGUCAUGUCCGCAAUGAUCUGGACGCUUGAUCCUGAGGGUGAACCUAUCGAAUCUUCAUUCACCCUCGCUCGCGACGGCGGACGCUUCUUGAACUAUUUCCCUAGUUGGGACACCAACAAGGCACAAGCCACUAUCUAUCGAUCUCUCUGCACUAAUGUGUAUAAGACGAAGGAUGACCGUUACUUCCAUUUGCACGGUAUCAUAUAUUUCUAUCUGUUGGCAUUUACCACCCAAGCUAACGAAUCUAUCACCACAGGAAGUAUGAACCCCGAGCCAACCCUCGCGAGUGUGGGCCUUCCAGCUUGGAUGCCAGAACUCGAUCAUAGUCCCCGUGAGGACGUUGUUAAGUUUUAUCAGGAGCGCGUGGAGGAAUUCGACUCCGCUGACCUCGAGCAUCUCGCCUCAGAGGUCCAUAAACAAGCUGGAACUAUCUGCUGGACUCCCGAGGAGUAUUUUGCCAGCGAACAUGGGCAAGAAAAUGGAAAAGUUGGGUUAUACGAGAUUCAUCAUCACGGAAAUCCGAAGCAAGAACCUUGCUGGUGGCCAUCUUCCCCAGAAACCAGUGCUAGCAGACCUUUGGCGGGACUGAAAGUCGUCGACUUAACUCGAGUCAUUGCCGGCCCAGCCAUAAGUCGGGGUCUCGCCGAGAUGGGCGCCAGCGUUAUGAGAGUUGCUGCACCUCAUCUGUGCGACUUUUCCUUUGUGCACUGUGAUAUGAACUGGGGAAAGUGGAACAGCUUACUGGACCUACGAUUGGCACGGGACCGAGAUAGUCUGAAAGCUUUGAUUGAGGAUGCCGAUGUUGUUGUAACAGGCUAUCGCCCAGGCGUACUUGAUAAGUAUGGAUUUUCCGAAAAAGACAUUCUGAAAAUUGGUAGUGACCGCGGGCGUGGUAUCAUCUAUGCUCGCGAAAACAGCUAUGGGUGGUAUGGCCCAUGGGCGAAGCGCAGUGGAUGGCAGCAAAUCAGUGAUGCCAACUGUGGCGUCGCGAUGGAAUAUGGCCGCGGGAUGGGUCUUGAUGAGCCGGUUAUACCCGUUUUCCCCAACUCGGAUUACUGCACAGGUGUCUGUGGCUCUGCUGGAGUUCUGGAUGCUCUUAUGCGACGUGCGACUGACGGUGGAUCGUAUACCGUUGAUAUUGCCCUUAAUUACUACUCUCAAUGGCUAGUCCGCUCUGUCGGAACCUAUCCCGAGAAUGUGUGGCAGAAGCUUUGGUCGGACAAUGGCCGCCCUAUUUUCCGUCACUACCACACCAUGUUUGAAACGAUCCCAGCACACGUGGAAUUGCUGAAGAAAAAUAGCGGUGACCGCGUGUUUCACCCGCGUAACUUCCAGGACCUUCAAAGUCCUCAAUUGGGUGUUCCGGUCAGGGUUCCCAAGCCCGUGCUUCAAUUCCCCCAGGGCCCUGUUCAGCUUAAAUAUAAUGUGGGAACUCGGACUAAUGGUGUUGACCAACCCAGGUGGCCGGAGGAUCUUACGGUGGAAGUCGUUGUCUGA